GUCAAAACGCUUCAUCAUCACUUCCUUUAAUGCAGGAAAGAGGAGCUAAGUCAAUCUUUUUUACUUUAGUUUAAGAUUCAAAUUUUGGAAUAUUUGUCUUUCAUAGGACAACUUAAAUGGGUAAGAUUGAGAAUUUCCUUCGGUGGCUAUGUAACCCUAUUGUGGAGGAAUUUUCAGACUCAUUCUUAUCUCAGCUAGCAGGGUCGGCUGUGAGAUCUUUCCAAGCCAUUCGGCAAGCGGCAGAGGAGGCAGCUCGAUUGAAUGAGGGAAUUCAAGUGGAAAUUUUUUCUCCAGAAGAUCAAGACAUGGGCGACGACUUACAAGAUAAUGUUUCUGACUAUAGUGAGGAUGAAGAAGAGGACGAGGAGGAAACUAGCAACGGUUGUGACCGUCACAUUGAGCGAGCUGUGCUAGGCAUUUGGCGAACUGAGCUGGAAAGAGGCCGCGCUCAUCGCUCUAGAGAGCGUGCAAGAGAGCAGGCCCAGCGUGCAAGAGAGCAGGCCCAGCGUGACAGAGACCGCGCUCAGCGCUCUAGAGAGCAUGCAAGAGAGCGCGCCCAGCGGGGAAGAGCGCGUUCAGAGCGUGAGAGAGAUCGUUCUCAGCUUGAUCGAGAGCGGGCAAGGCACCGUUCUCAGGGAAACAGAGACAUCUGUCUUUGUUGCCGAAGCCGGGCCGAGCGUGAUAGAAAGAGGGCCGAUCGCCACAGCCAUCGGGCCGAUCACCACACAAAUAGGGCCGAUCAUCACAAAGAACGGGCCGAAUAUCAUAGACAGAAGGCUGAUCGUCUUAGAGUACGUAAUCGAGACCAGGCUGAACUUGCCGAGGAGCAUGCCGAAUGUGCCAGACAAAGGGCGGAGUUUCUUCAAGACCUGGCUUUACUCGGCCCCGAUGUCCUUGCUGAUUGGAAUGGACUAGGAGAUCAUGAGGUUGAAUAUUGUCAUAUUUAUGUCGACGGAGAAUUGGUCGCUUCUUCAACCCAAAUGGUUACUCAACUUGGACCUGAACAAAAUGUUCCAAAAAUGACCACGUCAGAAGUGGCUGCCCUGCCAACGGUACAGCAUGCAAGCGACGGGUCUAACAAGGUGGAGAAAGACUCAUCUGAAGUGCGCUGCUCAAUCUGUCUAACGGAUUUCAAGACUGGCGACGAGAAACGUGUGUUGCCCUGCGUUCACAGUUUUCACGUGGACUGUGCGGACAAAUGGCUUAAGAUGAACGCUACCUGUCCUGUUUGCAGACUUCAGCUAAAAGAAUAAAGAUGACAGCCUGGCAGACACUUCAAGUUUUGAGGUUGAUUCCAAGGCGCUUUUUAUAGGCUUAUUAAUAUAUUUUUAAAACUUCUAUUGAAUUGACAAUUGUAAUAUAAAAUACAUCAAUUGUCUAUUAUUUUUUAAAGAAACUUAUACAGUAUAUUAUAUGAAAAGGC